UGAUCCCAGGGGCACACAGCUUGGAGAGGAAAGCUGUAAGCCUUUUGGAGAGGCAUUAGAAAGGACCAUGGCUAAUAACGUCCAGGAGGUUGGUGACAUCCAUUUCCCCUUUCCCUUCACACCCUAUUCCAUCCAGAAGGACUUCAUGGCAGCACUGUACCAGGUUUUGGAGGCUGGCAAGAUUGGGAUAUUUGAGAGUCCCACUGGCACCGGAAAGUCCUUAAGUCUUAUUUGUGGGGCUCUCUCCUGGCUCCGUGACUUUGAACAGAAGAAACAUCAGGAAGAGGCACGCCUCCUUGAACCUGGCCCUGGCCCCUUAUGUGAUGGGAAGGAUCCGUCCCCAUGUCUCUCAUCUUCUUGCCAAGAGACCCCAGACACCGCAAGGCCUGCUGGAGAACCAGACUGGGUUACUCAGUUUGUGCAGCAGAAAGAAGAAAGGGACCUGGUGGAUCGACUGAAGGAGGAGCAGGUCAGGAGGAGGCGGCGAGAAGAGCGCCUGCAGCAGAUCCGCCACAACGCGCAGCUCAAGUAUGCAGCCAAACGCCUGAGACAGGAAGAGGAAGAAACGGAGCAUCUCCUCCGCCUGAGCAGGGAGAUGCUGGCCGCAGGGAUGUGGGCUGAGCCGCUGGAGUCUGAGGAGGAGGAGCUGCUUCUGGCCGAGUAUGAGAGUGACGAGGAGAAGACAGCCAGCGUAGUGGAUGAGGAUGAGGACGACUUGGAGGAGGAACAUGUCACUAAGAUUUAUUACUGUAGUCGGACUCACUCCCAGCUGGCCCAGUUUGUGCAUGAAGUUCGGAAGAGCCCCUUUGGCAAGGAAAUCCGACUUGUCUCCCUCGGCUCUCGGCAGAACCUUUGUGUAAAUGAAGACGUGAAACACCUGGGUUCUGUGCAGCUCAUCAAUGACCGCUGUUUGGAGCUGCAGAGAAGCAAGCAUGAGAAGAAGGACAAGGCUGAGGAAGAGAAGCCAAAGAGGAGGAGGCAGGAGAAGCGGGCGGCCUGCCCCUUCUACAACCACGAGCAGAUGCAGCUCCUCCGGGACGAGGUGCUGGUGGAGGUGAAGGACAUUGAGCAGCUGGUGACCCUUGGGAAGGAGGCUCGGGCCUGUCCCUAUUACGGGGGCCGGUUUGCCAUUCCCGCAGCCCAGCUGGUGGUGCUGCCCUACCAGCUGCUGCUGCACGCACCCACCCGGCAGGCUGCAGGCAUCCGGCUGCAGGGCCAGGUGGUGAUCAUCGACGAGGCGCACAACCUGAUCGAUGCCAUCACAGGCAUCCACAGCGUGGAGGUCAGCGGCUCCCAGCUCUGCCAGGCCCAUUCCCAGCUGCUCCAGUACAUGGAACGAUAUGGGAAGCGUCUGAAGGCCAAGAAUCUGCUGUACAUUAAACAGAUCCUGUACUUGUUGGAGAAGUUUGUGGCUGUGCUAGGUGGGAAUAUUAAGCAAAAUCCCAAUACACAGAUCCUCUCACGGACAGGGACGGAGCUGCAGACCAUCAACACCUUUCUCUUUCAGAGCCAGGUUGACAACAUCAAUCUGUUCAAGGUGCAGCGGUACUGCGAGAAGAGCAUGGUCAGCAGAAAGCUCUUUGGCUUCACAGAACGCUAUGGAACAGUCCUCUCUUCCUCUCAGAAGCAGCCCAAACUGGCUGGGUUUCAGCACUUCCUGCAGAGCCUGCAGCCUGGGGUGAAUGAGCCUCCUGCAGCCCCUGUGGAGGAGGCUGAGGCCAGGGCCCCACGGCCUGCUUCCCCGCUGAUGCACAUUGAAGGCUUCCUAGCGGCUCUCACCACUGCCAACCAGGACGGCAGGGUCAUCCUGAGCCGCCAAGGCAGUCUCAGUCAGAGCAGCCUCAAAUUCUUGCUCCUGAAUCCAGCCAUGCACUUUGCCCAGGUGGUGAAGGAAUGCCGGGCAGUGGUCAUUGCAGGGGGCACCAUGCAGCCGGUGUCUGACUUCCGGGAGCAGCUGCUGGCGUGCGCUGGGGCUGAGGCUGAGCGAGUGGUGGAGUUCUCCUGCGGUCAUGUGAUCCCUCCAGACAACAUCCUGCCCCUGGUCAUCUGCAGCGGGCCCUCUGACCAGCAGCUGGAGUUCACGUACCAGAAGAGACUGCUGCCUGAACUGAUGAGUGAGACAGGCCGUAUUCUCUGCAACCUGUGCAAUGUGGUCCCUGGAGGGAUGGUCUGUUUUUUUCCCUCCUAUGAGUACCAGCGCCAGGUGCAUGCCCACUGGGACAAGAGUGGCCUGCUGGGCCGCCUGGCUGCCAGGAAGAAGAUAUUUCAGGAGCCCAAGAGAGCAAACCAGGUGGAGCAGGUGCUGCUGGAGUACUCCCAGUGUGUAAACGAGUGCUGUGGCCAGGCGGGCGGCAAGGUGACGGGGGCCCUGCUCCUCUCUGUGGUUGGAGGAAAGAUGAGUGAAGGGAUUAACUUCUCUGACAACCUAGGCCGGUGUGUAGUGAUGGUGGGCAUGCCCUACCCCAACAUCAACUCUCCAGAACUACAAGAGAAGAUGACCUACUUGGAUCAGACCCUUCCCAGAACCCCAGGCCAGCCCCCACCAGGGAAGGCCUUGGUGGAGAAUCUGUGUAUGAAGGCUGUCAACCAAUCUAUAGGCAGAGCCAUCAGGCACCAGAGGGAUUUUGCCAGCAUAGUGCUCCUAGACCAGCGAUAUGCCCGCCCACCCAUCCUGGCAAAGCUGCCAGGCUGGAUCCGAGACCGUGUGGAGGUCAAGGCCACCUUUGGCCAUGCUGUUGCUGCUAUGCGUAAGUUUCAUCGGGAGAAGUUUGGCCGUUCCUGAUGGAUGGCUGCACCAGCCCGGGCUCUUCCUUUACCCUGCCCACUUAGAAUGGUGUUUGUCUUGGGCCUGGUCUACAGGGAUCC